AAGCCCCCGUGGCUCAAGGAGUGCAGCACCCGCACCUCGGGUGUCCCGACGCUGGCAUGAUGGCGACGCUGCCGCGGCGGCCGUUGCCGUGUGAGUGCCCCAGGCAGUGCUGAACACGGAGGCUUCGCCUCUGGGAUGUCCGCGGCCGCCGCGGCGCCGGGUGGUGGGUCCGCAGUCGGCGCCGCUAGUGGUGCCUUCGGCGAUGAAGGCGGCGCCGCCGUGUUGGCCGCCAGCGCGGACGUCGAUGAGCGAGCGUCGCCGUCGGGGUCCCCGGAGCGGCAGUCCGUGGCGCUGAUCACCCCCUCCCGGCGCCGCGGGCUCUUCCACAGGGCCGCGCGCGGAGAGCAGCAGCUGGAGGUGCGCGCGUCGUCGCGCGCGGCGGCCGAGGAGCUGCUCCUGGAGUCCGAUCCGGGCUCGGUUGUGGUCUUCAUCCAGUGCGAGCCGCGCGGGCCACAGGCCACGGGCCGAGCCGCCGGCGCUCCGGUGGAGCGGUCCUGCAUGGCGGGCUCCUCCGCCGGCGCCGCCGCCUCCGCGGGGCUCGGCGGCGCCGGCGGCCGCCGCUACCAGCUGUUCAUCUCCUUCAAGUACGUGAGGACAGUGAUCCACUACGAGUACUACUGGGUGCACCUCCGCCCGGUCGGCCGCGAGGCCCGCCGCCUGGUCUUCCACACGGAGCAGCACCACUUCGAGAUGGUGCACGAGCUGCUCACGGGCUUCACGCCCACGCUGCGCACCUGGCUGGGCGCGAUCGUCAGGGCUCCGAACUUCAUAGAUCAGCCCGUGGAGUCGGUGGACCUCCAGUCGCUCCUCCGCGCCAGGGACCACCUGAUCCUGACGCGGCGCACAGCACUGACGGCCAGCGUGGUGCUCUGCAAGCUGGAUGCGGACACAAGGAAGAUCGUGUCCCAGGGCGUCGUGUUCGACUUUAAGUCUCGCCGCAUCCGAGACGACGCCGGCCACAUCCUGUGGAGCUUCCGGGACGUGUUUCAACAAUUCCUGGGCACGCGGGCGUGUCCGCUGCCGCCCUCUCCGCGCAGGGCACAGGACGAGGCGCCCCCGCAGGCGGCCCUCGGCCUCCUGGACGGCCUGGGCCAGGAGGAGCCGGCGCAGCUCCAGGCGCGCCGGCUGGCGAGGCUGCAGAGCGCGGUGCGCCGGGCGGCGGAGGAGGGCCAGAAGGACGUUGAGCCUUUCCCUGGCGGUUUCCUGGAGCGUGCCACCGAGCUGCUGUUCUCGCAGCUGGUGCGCUCUGCGGAGGCCUGUGGGCGCCGGGGCGAGCUCUCGGCGCGCAGCGGGGCGGCGAUGCUGGGGCCCCCGAGCUCCGGGGCAGCCGAGGGCGGCCUGGAGGCGACGCUGGACGAAGCCUCGACGCUGGCGUGCGACGUUCUGGCGGAGCUGUGCGACCAGAGGACGCAGGUGGUUGGCCCUUUUGUCUGGCGAGUGUGCAACGGGUACCUGGAGAAUCCAGCCACCUGGCACCCGAGCCUCGUGGCGCUCGGACUGCUGACCGCCGCUUCGCCGGCGCUGGCGGAGUGGCUACUGAAGAGCACCGACGCCGUGCAGGUGCUGUUCGGCGUGGCCGUGCAGGCGCACGAGCUCCUCGCGCUCCGCCGCGAGGCAGGCAGGAGCCGCCAGAACCAGGCGCACUGCCAGCUGCUGCAGCCUGGACGGCCACUGCGGAGCGGCGAUGUGCGCGGCCCGGGCGGCGCCCUCCGGCUCGCCGCGCCGCAGGCCUCAGAGCGGGGCCCAGACGAGGCGGGCGCAGCCUCUUCGAGCGAAGGGCCUCGGCAGGGCCUGCGCAGAGGGUCGCCUCCUGCCGACCUCGGCCACCCCGCCGAGGCGGAGUCGCUGCUGGGAGCACGCAGCGGCAGGAGCGCGCGCGGCGGUCCCUCGAGCGCCGAGCUGUCGUGGUCGCUGUGGGACCCCCUGUGCCGCGCCACGUCGUUCGACAACUUCGAGCACCAGUUUGGCGAACAGGCCGACGGCAGCCCCAGGGGCGGCAGCUUCCCCAGCGGCCGCGGUGACGAGGACAGCGCCGCUGCUGGGAGGUCCACGUCGCGCCCGCGGCGAGGCAGCUCGGCCCACAGCGACAGCAGCUUCCAGCCAGCGGCCGUCCACUCGCGGAAGGUCCGAGUCCCGCCUCUGAACUUGGACCUGGCCGCGGUGGUCGGGGGCCCGGCGACGGGCGGCCACGAGGGCGCCCCGACCCCAUCCAUGACGCGCUCGUCGCGGCGCCUGAAGAGCCGCCGAACGGCACGGACGCCGCCAGGGCAGCCGGCGACCCCUGGCGCGGUCAGGGGCGGCGGCUCCGGCAUCGGUUUCUCCGGCCGCGCGCCCUCGCCGCCAGUGAGCGGCAGCAGCCGUUCCAGCUUGCUCUCCAAUGUCGCGAACAGCUUGUCGGCACCGCUCAUGGGGCUGGGCUUCAUGUGGGGCUGCGCCAGCGCGCCGUCCGCGGCCGCGCCGCCAGGAUCACAGCAUCCUCAUGCGCCUGGCGCUGCGCAGGUGCCGGUCACGAUGACCCUCAAGGGCGACCCAGAGAAGCAGGUCAAGCGGCAGGCGGAUGAGCUUGCCAAGACGCUCGGCGAGGCCUGCCUGUUGAUGGACUUGAGCGACUUGGUCAAGCACAAGCAGGAGCUGCAGGUGCAGGAGGCCGUCAUGGACUCCAUCCGCCCCGCCACGGGGCCGGCCGCCGACAAGAAGCCCACGGAGAGGCCGUUACAGGACUCCCCGUCGAGGGAGCCCGCAGUGCCGAAGGAUUCCCCAGUCGGCUCGCCGUCACGCUCGGCACGCUUCGCCACGGCGGCGGGCCCGUUCGACUCGGGGCGCCGCAGGGUGCUGAGCGGAGCCUCUGGCAUGCUCGCGCUGUCGGCGAGCGGCGGCGGCGCACACCCGUCCUCCAGAUCGCCGAGGGACAGCGCCGACCUCUCCGCCAGCCCGGCGCCCGCAGCGGCCACCCGAGGGGCGCGGCUGCACGCGUGCCUGGUGCUGGAGCGGCUGUGCGUCGGCGUCGGCGCGGGGACCUCAGCGCGCUUGCUCGGCCCACACGUCCCCGCGGGCAGGCUGUUCGACAUGCUGCAGGGGUCCUGCUCGCGCGCCGGGGCCUGCUCCUUCUCCUUCGAGGACGAGCCCGAGCGCAUCGCCAGUCCCGGCGCACUUCCUGCAGCCGAUGUGACGGAGGAGCUGGCGGCGAUUGCUGAGUCCCCAGCACUAGGCGGGCUGCAGCAGCGGCUGGCGCCGGAGAGGCUGAGGCGGGUGGCGCAGCUUCAGGAGCGCUUGCGGCGCAGCGGCGCCUCGCGACGAUGCGCCUGUGGCGCGCCUACGUCUCUACGAGGCAGCGCUGAGGACGUGUGCGUCUGCGUCGAUGACGCUCUCGCGGAAUGCAUCUGGCAGUUUCUUGGCGCGCACUCGCGGAGGACGCAGGAGCUGCACUCAGACAAGCUGUCCCCUGCCCUGGCGAUGGGUUGGCGUACACCGCAGCGCCCUGCCGAGGGCUCGGCAGCGCUCGAAGCGCCGCCGCCAGCACCGCCUGUGCCGCCUCUGUCCCAACUGGCAGCCGAGUCCUCGGGUCAGCCAGCCUCCGCGUGGCACGUCCGGCUUGGCCCCGACCCUUUCCUGACGCACGCAGAGCGCGCCCUGUCGCAGGCUUUCAUGGGCCUGCGCCGUGCUCAGAGUGAAGACGAGGUGACCUGGCGCGAGGGCCGGCUGGCACUGCUGCUGCAGCUGCUGGCCUCCUACCUGCGGUGCGGCGGGGGCGGCCUGGCGUUGCCGCAGCAGGCCUUUCGGGUGGUCGGGCCGGCCCUUGCGGCUCUCAAGGCCCACCUCUGCAGCGAGGCAGACGGGCUGCAACCGCCAGCGCGGCUGCGGCUCUGGAUGGCAUACCUCCGCCUCGCAGGCGCGCUGCUGCGCGCCUGCGCCGCCGCAGGGGGCGCCCAGGGAGGGUCGCUGGGACAGGAGCUGCUGACCCAGCUGCUGGAUUCGCCCCUGUCGGCCCUGCCACCCGCAGCAGCGCCGCCGAGCGCAUCGCGGGCGCGCGCCAGUGCUCGGGCCAGUGCGGGGGAGCCACCGCGGCGCCGCUCCGCAUCCCACGAUUCCCUGCACAACCUGGCAGCUGGCGCUGCCGGGCGACCAGCGGUGGCCCCCCGGCGGGGCGCGGGUUCGCCAGGACGGCACGUUGGUGCUGCCGUGGGUGCAGGUUCGAUGUCACAGCGCCGCUCGCUGACGCCCGCAGCUUCGCCGACUGGCUCUCCUGGAGGAGACUCGCAGGCCGCCAAGCCCACACGGCGCUUCUGGGCGCUGCUGCCACAGGUGCUCGAGCAGCUCUGGAAGGCUGCGGAGGCCGAGGGCCCGGCGGCGCUGCUCCUCCAGCCGCCUUGCGACCCCAUCCGCGUCGGCGCCUCCAGCUGCCUCGGAAGGGGGACCCAGGACACCACCACGCACGGGCUCCUGCACCAGACCCUGGGCUUCCUCGAGGCGCUGCUGGAGUUCAGCCGCACCGUCGAGGGGGCCCCCCCGCCGCCUGGCGGCGCGCACGGCGUGGAGGGGCUGCCGCCCCUGCGGAGCGGCGCGCGGGUCGGCGCCGCCGCACCGCCGGGCGGCGACCUCGACCUCGCUCCCGCGGCGCCGCACGCGCUCGCCUGCGGCAUCCUCGACUGGCUCCAGUUCGCCUUCCUGCCGCCGGCGGGGCUCCUCUGCCGCCUGGCCCGGCGCCUGCCGCUGGCCGGCGGGCCGCUCCAGCCGCGCCUCGUCGCCUGCGAGCGGGCGCUCUUCCGGGUCCCGGCCGUGGCGGCGACGGCUUAUGCGCAGGAGGCCAGCGUCGCCGAGUAUUACGUGCGGCGCCACUUCCUCGCGUUCGUGCGCCUCUACAACAGCCGCCGGGUCGAGGGCGCGACCGUGGCGCAGUGCGUGCGCCUCUGCUGCCUGCACCUCCAGACCUUGCUCGCGAUCGCCUCCCUGCAGACGGAGGCCGACCUCUGUCGGCGCGCCUUCCACCAGGUUUCCGCGCUGGACUUCCUGGCCGGCGAGGUUGAUCUGGAGCACGAGACCACGCAGAUGCGCGACCGCUUCGUGCGUGCAGCGAAGGAGCAGGCGCUGAAGAGCAGCUCGAGCGGCCCGAUCCACGGCUCCAGCACUUCGCUCCCGAGCCCGUCGGCGGGGCCACGAGCAGCACCGAAGCCCAUGCAGCCCUUGCCGACUCCAGUCAUGCCCGCGCCGCCGCCGCCGCCGCCGCCGCCCCCCGCAGGGCAGCCUGGGUCCCCGAGGGCGCCAGACUCGCCGCCGCCGUCGGGCCGUGGGCCGCUGCUCGGCCUGGCGCCCCCGGGCGCCCCCAAGGCAGGCAGGGCGGUGCCCAGGCUCGUCUUCCGCGGCCUGCGGCCCUCGCUGCAGGGCUGCAGCGGCCUGGGCGCUCCCCCGCCCGAGGAGCCCGGCUUCGAGGACGGCGCGGAGGCGCCCGGAUCCGCCGCCGCGGCGCCAGUGCCGGCCGCUGGAGGCCCCGCGCCGGCAGGCGUGGGCGCCGCCGGCGUCCUGGAUGCCGUCGUGGAGGCCCAGGCGGAGAGGAGGCCCAGCCUGACGGAGACCGACAGCAGCACAGGAGAGGAGGCCCAGCCUGACGCAGAGGAGGCCCGGCCUGACGGAGAGGAGGCCUCCUGCAAGCUGGCGCCCGACGAGGACGACGGGCUCGGCGGGGACGGCGCGGACGACGAGCGCGGCGAGCGGGCGGAUGAGACCAGCGACAGUUCUGACCCAGAAGACUCUGUGAUGGUGUCAGGCUCUGCUGCACCCUCCCCAGCUGCUGCGCCGUCGUGCGCGCCCCCGCUGGCACUGCCAGAGUUGACGCUCAAGGUAGCAGCCUCACCGCCCUCGUCGUCAGCUGAGCAUGCGCCUGCGAGUGCUCCAGCGCCACUGGCGGAGGACUCCCGCUCGAGCAGUGCUGCGGCUCGCCCGCCCGCGCCAAACAUGGCGAUGCCCAUCGCACGAGGGGUGCCGUCGCUGUCCUUCAAAGGACUGCGCCCAAGCCUGCAAGGCUGCUCUGGCCUGGGCGCGCCCCCGCCAGAGGAGCCGGUCGGGAACCUUGCGCCAGAGGACCUCGCCAUGCGGGACCCUGGGCCCGUGCUGGCCCCAGCCUUGCGAGAGCCGGUGCAGUCGACCUACCCUGGGGCCUUGUCGCCGCCACCGCCGUCUCAUUCCGACGCCUCGGGCAGCUCCUCGGACCCAGAGCCGCCAGGGCCUGCCACAGCGCUGGCCGCAGCCUCGGACAGCUCCUCGGACCCAGAGCCGCCAGGGCCUGCCACAGCGCUGGCCGCAGUGGAGGAGGUCGCAGACGACAGCAGCAGCAGCGACGACGCCGGCGAGGGCGGCGCCGCGGGCUCGGACAUGCUGCGGCCUGGCGAGGGCCUCUCGGGCCGCCAGGGCAGCGGCGCCGCCCCGGCGCAGCGGGCUGGCCUGGCUUGCGCGGCGGCCGCCAAGCCUCGCGCGGUGCCCAAGCUGCUGUUCCGGGGCAUCCGCCCCAGCCUGCAGGGCUGCUCUGGUCUGGGGGCUCCGCCGCCCGAGGAGCCCACCGUGGAGGACCUCCAGGGCGGCUCCGCGCCCGAGGCAGACGCCGCGGCCGCGCAGGACGGCAGCGCUGGGCAGAGCGAGGGCCCCACGCCCAGGGACGACAACAGCGCCUCCACGAACCUGCCGGCGGGCGCGCACGGCGGCGCGGCUGCUCCUGAGGCCAUCGAUAUCCCCAGCGCGAGCAUCGUGCACCAGAACGUGUUCUAUUUCGAGGGGCGCCAGCGCCGCCGAAUAUACGAGGACUCCGAGCUCCACGUGCUGAUGCUGACGCUGGCUCUGGUGCUCUUGGUGACCUCCAGGCACGGGCUCCUCGACCCUCGGUACUGCGACCAGUACCCGACCUCCAAGCACAUGCGCAACAUCCCGUUCCUGCUGAGCCUGCACCUCAACCACAGCGCCAACCGUGGGAUACUCCCGCGGCUCUUCCAGCAGGUGGAGGUCGCCGGAUCCGUUGGCAGCUUCUGCCUCCUCAAGCUUCUUUGCGAGAGCGCCAUGCACCGCUGGAUGUACACGGACUGGACCCGCAUCGCGGGCGGCGCUUUCGGCACAGUGUACAAGUGCGCUACCCAGCUCAGUGACACGGGCGUGGUGGCGAUCAAGCAGAUCCCGAAGCAGAGCAACAUCCAAGACAGAUGUGUAUUCUUCGACGUAUUCAGCGAGGUCGCUUGCUUGGACCGGAUCCGCUUCGAGGAUCAUCUGUGCCAGUUGUAUGACUACGGCGUCGACGAAUCAGGGUAUUGGCUCGUCCUGAAGUACUACAAAACAACGCUGAAAAAAUGGCGCGACUCGUUGCGCGGCUCGAUGGGAGAUCACCUCCGCGAGCUGUUCGCGGUCUACUGGCAGAUCCUGAAGGCAGUCGAAGUGUUGCACAGUCAUGGCAUUGUCCACUACGACCUGAAGUGUGACAACGUCAUGGUUGACGUCGGGGGGACGACGGGCCAGUCACAGUUCGGCGACGGCGAGGUGGAGGUGCCGACAGUGGCGCUGGCGGACUUCGGUGAGUCCAGGGUGAUGGCCGUGGACGACGACCUGGACGUCAAAAACCGGGGCACCGAGAUAGUCAAGCCCCCCGAGAUGUUGGAGUUGCACAACGUCUCCAACAAGGGGGGGUUCCACCACGACCGCCGCAAGAAGGUCGGCACCAGCCAGGCCGCGGACAUCUGGUCUCUCGGGUGCCUGUUGUUCGAGUUGUUGACGGGGCGCUUCCUUUUCCAGGACGACGACUUCGGUAUAUUCUGGGCGCGCGUCACCGGAAAGAUGCAGUCUGGCGACGACGACGUGGUCAGCGCAGCCAACGCACGGCGCCUUGGGGACCGCGCGCCCCUCUUGGAGUACCUCCGGUUCCUGUUGGCCCGGAACCCGCAGGCACGCCCAAGCGCAUCCUCGGCGCGGAAGCGCUUCGAGGCCAUGGUGGUCGAGGUGCUCGGGGAGGCGGGUCACAAGGACACCUGCAGGCCCGCCGAUCCCGCAGGGGAGCUGGGUGCGCCGCCGCGCGAGGACACCAGCGGCACGCAGACCGAUUCGCCGCGCUCGGUGGCGCGCAGCGCCGCGAGCUCGGAGGGCGCAGGUACGCAGGCCUCCCGCGUGGACAGCGCGCCCCCAGAGCGCCCCCUCGUCUGCGCCGCAGUGGCCGACGCCUCCAGCUGCUUCACGCGCAUGCUGCAGGAUCUCUGCGUGCUCGAGGCGUGCGAUGAGGACCUGCGGCGGUACUUCGAGGGGGGCUCUGGCACGCAUGCGAGCGGCGGUGGGCUGGGAGCUCCAAUGCGCGCACGGCUGGCGCAGCAUCGAUGGACCCACGUGGUGGACUUCCGGGUACCCGGUGCAGCGCAGCUCCCUGUGCAGUUGGACGCCCCCGACGCGAUGACUCUGCCAUGGUCUACUGCUGCCCGUGGAGCAAUGGAAUUUGUGAGCUUCUUGCCCGCAAUCUUCGACUUCCUUCGGCACGCCGUGGCUGCUGGGGGCGUUGUGCUCUUCGUGGACGGGCUAGCGUCGCAGGGAGCGGCUGGCGGCCCGGGGGCCAGCGCAGGCCCCCACCAGGACCGUGGCGGGCUGGCGGUGGCGGCGGUCCUGGCGCUCGUUGCCGACAAGUUCGGGCUGUCGAUGUUCGCCGCGCUAUCCUUCCUCAGCUCGCAGCUGCUCGUGACUGCGAUCCGCUGGGACGCCGCCGCGGCCCUCGCCUCCUGGCUCGGGCGGGAGGAGCUGCCCGCGGCGCCCGCGCAGGAGGGCUCGGCCCCGGCCGGGGGCUCCUCGGCGCGCCUCCCCCUGGCGGGGCCGCGGGCGCCGAGGGCCCGGCGGCCUCCAGCGCGGCUGCACUGCACGUCUCUGUCCGAGCUGCUGCCGCCCGCCGAGCAGAGGCCCGAGGGUCGUGGCGGCUGACAUCUUCGCGCGUGCCAUCAUCGCCCUGCCAAGCCGACGGGGGCCCGAGCUAUGGCGUGAAAGCGUAUCGUCGUCCUCGUCCUCGCCCUCCUCCCUUCUCCCUCCCCCUCCCUCCUCCUCUCCCUCCUCCUCCUCCUCC